AAUUAAAAAAUAUAUAUAUUUUUUCUUUCUCUUUCUCUUUCUUCUCGAUCCCCUGCCCUAACCCUUCUUCUUCUUCUAGCCAUGGCCGGCCUCCUCCUCUGCCGUAACAACCCCAACCCCCACCAACUUCUAUUUUGGUUAUCCAAACACAAGAAAAAUGGUAACAAUUAUGCGGGAAUAAUUGCACAUGUUGGGUUCUCAAAGUUUGGUUCUAGCAACUGCCAUGGUUGUUUCAAGCACACUUCUUUUUCUAACUUUCUCAAAGCAAAAGUUUCAACUUUCCAGGAAUCAUGAUUCCGAACAAUCGUCUCAAAAAAUCCCACCUUCUUGUUUAAGCUCAGGUAAUGAUAAGGAAAAGAGGGAAAGAAAUAAGAAAAAGAAAGUAAAAUUUGCUGAGAAUGUGAAAGAGCCAAAAGGGAAUGGAGAAGAAUUCAAGAAUGGGUAUAAGAAGAGGAGAAGAAUGAAGAAAAGAAAAUACCUUUGGCAGCCUUCUGCUUCUCUAAAUUCUUUUCACGGGCCAUCUUAGCCUUCUGCCCAUUGCCUCCGCCCAUGGCCGAUCGAUGGGUUUAGGAAGAAAAGGAGUUGUGGUGAUGGGUGUCGGGGUCGGAGGAAAUGGUGGUGGGGGUUGGGGUUGUUACCAUUGUUACCAUUUUUGAAUCCCAGAAAUCUCAUUCCUGCAAUUAUUAUUCAUUUCCAUUCUUCUCCUCUUCUUAUACC